AUGAAUAUUGAUGCCAGAGUCUCCGUGGCGGCGGUGGACGGAGCACAGAGUGCUCUCAAUUCCGCCACCGCCGUGCGUACCACCGUCGUAGAGGCCGGAGCCUUAACUUUAACACAGAAACAGCCGCCGCAGCCUCGAUUCGGAACCGUUGAGAAUCUCCUCGCCGGAGGUAUCGCCGGCGCUUUCAGCAAGACGUGUACUGCUCCUCUAGCUCGCCUCACUAUAUUGUUUCAGCUGCAAGGAAUGCAAACAGAAGCUGCUGUGUUGAGUAAGCCGAGUUUGUGGCGUGAGGCUUCUCGUAUUGUUAAUGAGGAAGGAGUUCGAGCUUUUUGGAAAGGGAAUAUGGUUACUGUAGCUCACAGGCUUCCUUAUUCGGCUUUGAACUUCUAUGCUUAUGAGAAGUAUAAUAAAUUUUUCUAUUCGAAUCCGAUCAUACAGAGUUAUUUAGGGAGUGGGAAUAGCAGCCCGUGUGUGCACUUUGUUAGUGGUGGCUUGGCUGGGAUAACAGCUGCUUCAGCUACUUAUCCUCUUGAUCUUGUUAGGACACGUCUUGCUGCACAGAGAAGUACAAUGUAUUACCAGGGUAUUGGGCAUGCUUUCCGUACCAUAUGCAGAGAAGAGGGGUUUUUGGGUUUGUAUAAAGGACUUGGUGCCACUAUGUUGGGUGUUGGGCCAACCCUUGCAAUCAACUUUGCUUCGUAUGAGUCUUUGAAAUCAUUUUGGAUAUCUCAUAGGCCAAAUGAUUCACCAUUGAUUAUUAGUCUAGGUUGUGGAAGUCUAGCUGGAGUUGCUUCUUCAACAGCUACGUUCCCAUUGGAUCUUGUGAGAAGAAGAAAGCAAGUAGAAGGAGCUGGUGGAAGAGCGAAAGUGUACAACACAGGACUUUUCGGAACAUUCAAACACAUAUUCAAAUCGGAAGGCAUCAGAGGGUUGUACAGAGGAUUAUUGCCUGAAUAUUACAAAGUGGUACCAGGCGUUGGUAUCACCUUCAUGGUAUACGAGAGUUUGAAAACCCUCUUAUGUCCUCCUCCCCCUUAGAGAAGUCUUAGUAUCUUACCUGCUUUAUUAGGAGAAGAAAGAUAUUUGUUCAAAAAAAAAAAAAGGAGAAGAAAGAUAACAUCAUUUUUGUUUCCUCUGCCCCAUCUUAUCAACCCCCGUUUGGUAGUAAAUUUUACUCUUCUUACUACUGCCGUGGAGUGUGUAUAAGCUUGAGUUGCAUUUGGGUGUUUGUUAACAUUCAAAUGCAUCAUCCUUUACACUGUCUUUCCCACGCGAGCAAUCUCCUGACAGUUUUGUAUUGUUCUUGUCUGUUUCUUUAAUUUAAAAUAUUUCACACUUUAUAUACACAGUAAGUUUUGUUUUUUGCUAUAUGCUACGAUUUGUAUUUGUAACAAUAACAAGAUUGCUUCGA